AUGUUAGGUGAGUUAGGCCGGUUUGCUAACUGGCUGAAGGGGGAUUGCGUUGCUUCUGAAGAGUUUGAUGGGCUAUCUGUUACGGAGAAGGUACGUUUUAAAUUUUAUUUUAUGCUCGCUGCACUUUCAACUUUGUUUGCGCGUAGAUCCAGCUCUGAUGAUGAGGAUAAUGUACCCUUCGCUCAAGUAAAAAGAACAUCAUUUAAGCAACUCUUGCCUACACCAGCUAAAAAUACAGAAAAGACACCAACAGUCAGAAUAAAGGCCAUCAAUUACAGAGGAAUACCAGUUAGCAAAGAGCUGUCUAAUAAGAACAACAUUGUCACGCAUGCCACCAGACCAAGAUACUCUAUGAGGAUGUGUCACAAAUGCAGCAAGUGGUACCACGAGGAGUGCGUGGGUUUGUCAGAGGAUGAUUUUGAGUCGUCGAUAUGUUGA